AUGAUAACGGCUGCAGCGGGGAAGGAACAAGCGGGACCAGGAGCAAGGCGUUUGCCGCAAAAGGGCGGGCGGGGGAAUCUUGAAAGGCAAAGCCACGGGCACAGGAAUGGGGCCAGGCACAGCUCAGGCCGACCCGUGCUGCGCCACCCAUUUCUGGACGUUUGUCGCGACGGCGGCGGCGCCGUUUUUGGCCUUUUUCCUUACCCGCCAUUGCCAACAUCAUUGCUAUCGCUUCGACAGACAUACACAUACAGAACCUCCGCCGGCGAUAUUCGGGCUCAGGACCUCCUAGGCUUGAGGCUGCUGAGAAAUAUGGAUUUUAGUGAUGAAGGACAAAACGGCUUGCAACAGGACCUUGGGCAGCCGGAGCGGGACGAAUGGGGAGAAAGUAGGAAGCCGAGCCCGGGGGCAGCGGUGAGGGGGGCAGCGGUGAGGCCGGGGGCAGUGCAACAGGACCUUGGGCGGCCGGAACGGGACGAAGGGGGAGAAAGUAGGAAGCCGAGCCCGGGGGCAGCGGUGAGGCCGGGGGUGAGGCCGGAGGCCGCGGUGAGGCCGGGGGCAGCGGUGAGGCCGGGGGCAGCGGUGAGGGGGGCAGCGGUGAGGCCGGGGGCAGUGCAACAGGACCUUGAGUCGAGCCCGGGGGCAGCGGUGAGGCGGGGGGUGAGGCCGGAGGCAGCGGUGAGGGGGCCAGCGGUGAGGCCGGGGGCAGUGCAACAGGACCUUGGGCAGCCGGAGCGGGACGAAGGGAGAGAAAGUAGGAAGCCGAGCCCGGGGGCAGCGGUGAGGCCGGGGGUGAGGCAGGAGGCAGCGGUGAGGCCGGGGGCAGCGGUGAGGCCGGGGGCAGUGAGGGUUUUGAAGCAAGGGAAGCAGUAUCGAUACAGCGCGGGUUGUAUUGACUGCCGGGUGAAGAGCUUUUCUCGAUUCUAUCGUGCGCCGUGGCCGGUUUUGGCUCGGGCAGAGGCAAUGGGGAGGGAUUUCUUCUUCGGCGAGGGAGCGACGCAGGCAAUCAUUUGUGGGGCAUGUUGGACGGCUUGGAGGCGAGUGGGGGUGUUUCAACAUGAGGAGGGCCUGUCUCGGGAUGCUUUCCACCGAAAACCUCGAAGUCUUCCAUUCGAUGCUGCGAGCCACCAUCCGACACCAGGACACGGCAAACCAAGUCGCCCAGAAAGCAAUGUUCAUCACCGCCCGAGAUGCGUCACCGACAUCCGUUCUAACAUCCUGGCGCGCAAUGACUGAAGGCGUAAAUGAGCUUGACCGUGAACAUAAGAACAAGGAAAACCACCCGUCAGCUUCCGAAAGCAACUCGGAGAACUACGAAGAAGCCGUCUCACGCAUGCGUGAUCAUCUUGUCCAUACCUUUCACGAGCUGUUCCACAUGGACUUGGAUAUUAUCCACUCAGAAGAAGUCCUCAAGACGACAAAGCACGGAUCAAGGAAGAUUGGUUUGUACGAGCUUCGGCGACCCGGGCUGCCCCCAGUUAGUGCCCUAGCAAAGCGACCAAAGAAGAAAUCACGAGUUACCCUUGAAACUUUGCCCCCCAUCCCCGUUCCGCCGCCACCGCUGUCGGGGAUAUCUCAUCUUCACUUGUAUUUCAUAUUAUAUCUCUUUACUUCUACUUGAUCCGAGACCCGGGCUGGCCA